UAGGGUUCUUGACAACCCUCUCUCUCGUUUCAAAUUUCCUAAUCUCGGCCUCUAUAUACACCCGGAGUUUCUGUUUGAUUUUAGAGUUAUUAUCGGUUUCGAUUUCGUGCUUCAAGUUUAGGGGUUUUGCCAUUUCAUUUUGGAUUAUUUCGAUUCGUCAAUGAAGGUUUCGCAUUGAGAAAGGAUUUAUUUAUUUUUGCUUCGGUUACUAGUACUUUUUUGAAGAUUUUAGGCUGGAAUUAGGGUUUAAAGCGCAGGUAGUUCUCUUACAAAAUCUACAAGUUUCAAGUAUCCCCCUUGCAUCCUAAACUAAAGCUUUCGAACCCAGAAGUUGAAAACGGAAAUGGCGGGACAAACUUUCACCGAGGAGAUAGAUUGUGGAAGCUUCUUCGAUCAUAUUGAUGAUUUCAUCGAAUUUCCUCCUGUUACCGACACCACGCUCAAUUCUGUCAAUUGUGAAAGUUUUUCCAACAUUUGGACCAACAAUUCCGACGAGUUGCAGGUCUCCGACCCCAUCUUUUCAGAUAGCAAUUGUGCCUCCGCCCUGUCUGCAGAGCUCGCCGUUCCGUAUGAGGAUAUCGUUCAGCUCGAAUGGCUUUCGAACUUUGUGGAAGACUCGUUUUCUGGCGGUGGAAUGACAAUAAACAAAGAGAAUGUUUCGGUGAAAAAGGAGCCAUUGGUGGUGGCAAACUACCCGUUCCAGAUGUCGAGUCCUGUGUCGGUUCUUGAGAGCAGUAGCAGCAGUUCCAGCUCUUCCUCCUGCUCAGGCAGUGGCAAGUUGAUUCCGCUUAGUCCAACUCAUCGUGGGCCGCAGCGGGCUCGAAGCAAGCGUCCUCGGCCACCAGCCUUCAACCCUCGUGCCGCCAUCAAGCUCCUUUCCACUUCGAACCUCGUACCAGUUCCAAUUCCCAUGGAAUCCGAGAACCCUCUUGAGUCUCAUAGUGGCGGCCCUGAUCAGAAGAAGAGAAAGAAGAAGCCAAAGAAACCAGAUGCCCUAUUCAACCCAGAAGACAAAACCCAGAACCAGAGCCAGAACCCGGGAGGGCAAGGAGUUAGAAAGUGUAUGCAUUGUGAAAUUACGAAAACGCCCCAGUGGCGUGCGGGACCUAUGGGUCCAAAAACACUGUGCAACGCUUGUGGUGUGCGUUACAAAUCCGGGCGGCUGUUUCCGGAAUACCGGCCUGCUGCAAGUCCGACAUUUGUGCCUUCUUUGCAUUCAAACUCCCACAAGAAGGUGGUGGAGAUGAGAAACAAGUGUAUGCCGGAUGAGGUUCCGGAGGCAGAGCUGAUCCCGAACAUGAACCCACCGAUGGAUUAUAUGUGAUGAAGAACUUAAUGAAGCAUGUUAGUCGUUCGUUGUCGGUCUAUUUACUACUGGUUUUUAGCAUAAUUAGUUUGUUUAAUUGGUUGAUUGUACAGCUGGUAUGAAGGGAAGGAAGGGGGUGGAGCUUAUAUAUAUAUAUAUAUAGAUGUUUACCAUAAAGAAAGUUAGAUGAAGGAAUGAAGUUGAGAGAGAGAGAUUAGGGUUCAUGAGAUUGUAGAAGAAUUUAGAUGAAGAGAUGUUCUCUUUUGUUUGUUUUCUAUGCUUUUUAUGGGAAUUCUUUUUGUAGUUCAUAUCCAUAUAUGUUUUGUAGACAUGCUCUACUUUUGAUUCA